AUGCGUCGAGGCUUCAAUCUGUUUCUGGUCCUAGCCCUAUGGGCACACAUUAUCGUCUCUAGUCCCAUACAUUUAAACGAGUUUGGUAUUGUUGCAGAAACGAGAGUGGAUUCUGGUCUCGUGGGCUACCUUGGAGCCUUCUUUCUUGGAGCCGAUCCCUAUGUCUAUUUCUAUCUCAGCAAUGGUAACAAUGCUAUCUCUUUCAAAUCAUUGAACGGCGGCCAGCCGGUCAUCAAGCCGACAAAAGGCACGGGUGGCAUCAGAGACCCGGCCAUUGUUCAGGGUGGCGGCGCCGAGGCUGGAAAGAAAUGGUAUAUUGUCGGUACAGACUUGAAUAUUGCCAAGACUACAUGGGAUGCUGCGCAGCGUACCGGCUCACGUGGAAUUUUCGUCUGGGACACCACGGACCUAGUGAACUGGAAGAACGAGAGGCUUGUCGUGGUCGAGGAUACUACAGCAGGGAUGGUCUGGGCGCCUGAAGCAAUCUGGGAUGCAUCCAAAGGACAAUAUCUUGUACAUUGGGCGUCUAAGUUUUACUCUUCUUCCGACACCAAACACACUGGAACACCGUCAAACAUCCGCAUUCGUUACGCAUAUACCAGCGACUUCAAGACGUUUACUGCUCCGCAGACGUAUAUCGAUAAGUCCACAUACGAUGUGAUCGAUCUCGACAUCUUGCCACUAGACAAUACGGGCAAGAACUACCUCCGUUUCUUGAAGGACGAGACCGCCAAAAAAGUCUUUGUGGAAUAUUCAACUUCUGGUCUCUUCGGUUCCUGGACUCGCGCUGGAGGUAGCUCUGGCGUCAUCAUGUCUGGGGUGGAAGGACCAGCUGCAUACAGGGACAACCUUGCAGAUGCCAAAGUCCAUGUGCUUCUGGACUUCUACGGCAGUGACGGCUACCGACCAUAUGAGAGUACAAAUCCUAAUGGCAAUGUUUGGACGGCUAGCGACCGCUCGGGUUUCCCAAGUAACCUGAGACAUGGGAGCGUUUUGCCUGUAAACCAAAGUCUCUACACUGCCAUCAACAACAAGUGGGGUUGA